UAUGGAUGAGUGAAAGUAAAAUUUGGCACACAACCGCAAAGGGUCCUCCCAAAUAAACAAGCCGAGCAGACUGACUGGUAUUUGCAAUCAAAACGGAAAGAACGGCUCAAUCAAGGGUUUCUUUCUACAGGAUUGUAGAAUUUCAUCCAAGGCAUCAUGUUUACCACAGCAGUAAAAUAUCUUGGUACAAAACCAAAACCAGCAAUGAAAGCAUUAGAGCCUAGAUUUCGACCCGAGCAGAAUCAAACCAUCACACGGGCUAUUUUUGAAAUCCUAAAAGAACACGGUCCUCUCAGUGUCGCUCAAACAUGGGAACGCGUUCAGGAAGUUGGUAUAAAAGAUUUGACCAGCAAAACACAGAUGAAGACUGUAUUGAGAUGGAUGAAACAGAGGCAGAAACUUAAGCAGAUAUGCAAUCAUGUGGGUCCCAACAAGCAGUUCCUGUACACAACCUGGUUCACCAAACCACCAACUGUCACUGGGGUCAAAUCUUCCUCAACUUAAGUCAACUUCAACUACAACUGCUGUAUUUGAUGUCAUUAGAUCGGUUGCUUCAUGUUCUUGGCGAAUUUCGAUCAUGCAAAAACAAUUAUAGACAUCAGUUUGACAUUGUUUCGUGCGAGAGUUGUAAUCGGAUGCGAUAUCUUUUGAAUUUGACAAGAUAAAAGUCAAAACGGAUUUGGGUUUAGC